UAUUUUUUUCCUUCACUUUUAACCCUCAUUUUCCUUUUAUUUACAACUUCAACCAUUCAAAACAUAUACCCCAAAUCUUUCCAAAUUCCUUUCACUUUAUCUAAAUCUUCCAUCUCAUCCCACUUUCUGUUUAUCUUGUUUCUGUGUGCUUGAGUGAAAGAUUCUACCUUGCGCAGUCAACUUGUUGUACUUUCUUCGUUGAGCUUUCUGGGUGUUGGUUGAAUCAUUAGUUUUGUGCAGAGUGUGUGAUGCUGUGAAAGAUUGUACUUUUUUCCUUCUGGUGUUGUACGUUGUUCUAGCAAACAGUCAUGAUGCUUCAGCCAUCUGCAGAAAAGGAAAACUAUCGAAAUAAAGACAACAAAGAGAAAUCUCCAAUGUGGAAAUCUGAAACCGAUAGCGUAGAGUCCGAGCUUUCUGAUGCGAAAAGAGCAGUUCGUGAUCUAACUUUAAAGAUCGAAGAAUCAAAUUCCAGAGCCAAAUUGCAGAGAAAACCAAAAUGGCGCCAACAAGAAGAAGAAGAAGCAGAAACUUCAUUGAGGAGCGAGGAUGAUCGAUAUGAAAAAGUGAUGAAGGAACUUGAACAUGUGAAACGAGAAUUGGAAAAACUUAAGCUCGAUAUGGCUCGCGUGUUAAAGCAGAAGAGGCACGCCGAGAGAGAAGCAAAAGAAUCGAAUUCUAAAAGGUCCAAUCUUUCUGCCUCCAUUGUAUUGAUGAAGAAAGAGAUUCAAGAACUGGGUGAGGAACAAGCUCUUGUUGAAUUAGCUCGAAUUGAAGCUGUUAGAGAAUGGGAAGCCAUUGAAGCGCAGAGAGUGGAAGAAGCGAAUCGCUAUAAAACUCAGGUGGAAGAGAACGAAAGGACAAGAGAGCUUCAAAUUACGCUUUCUGAUAUAAAUUUGUUAGAAAGUGAACUGAACAUGGCUAAAGAAAUGGACAAGAGAACUGAGGCCAUGUCACGGAAUCAAGAAGGGUCUCCGUUAAACACGAUUACAGAAGAACUGGAGGCCGCAAAACGAGAACUUGCUUCCAUUAAAGGAGAAGGGUUUAAUUUCAUGGCCUCCAUGGAUAUCAUUAGAAAGGAGCUUAAGCAUGUUCGAGAGGAAACAGCUCGAUUAGAGAAAGCAGAACAGAAACGAGAGUUGACUGUUCAAAACCUCAACUCGAAGAUCUUAAGGGCGAAAGCCAGACUAGAAGCACUUACAGCUUCUGAAACGAAAAACAACACAGUUGCAGCCAAUCUAUCGAUAACACUCGCACAAUUAAGAGCAGAAACCGAGAAAGCAAAGAAAGAAAAAGACGUUGUAGAUGAAGAAAUCGAAAACAUGAAGGGAGAAAUUGAUAAAACUGAAUUUGAAAUAGAUUUAGAAGAGGAAAAAUUAGUAGCUGCCAUGGAGGAGCUUAAAGCAAUCAAAUCAUCAGAAUCUGAAACCCUAGGAAAUCUAAGGAAACUGAUCAACACUACAGUAGAAGCUAGAGAAAUGGCUUCGAUUAACAGCUCGAUAAUCACAAUCACGGAUUUCGAAUACAAUUACUUAACGGGGAAGGCAGGUGGAGCUAAAGACCUUGCUGAUAAGAAAAUCGCUGCAGCUGAGGCCUGGGUGGAAGCUUUGAAGGCAAACGAAAGAGAGAUAUUGAUGAAAUUUGAGAUAAAACAACGAGAAAUUAGGGAUUUAAGCAUUGAGGUAGAGGAAGAAGAAGAAGAAGAAGAAGACGUAGCAGAAGAAGAUCGAAGCAGUCGACAUGCAAAGAUCGGGGCAAAAGUUAUGGCAUCGUCUCGGAAAUCCAUGUAUAGAGUUGGGAACAUGGGAACUGCGAGACGGGUGAGAUCACAGAAGUUUCGAUCUCCAGCAUCCCGAUAUACCCCUAAAUCGGCUUCAUCGAAGGGUGAAACAGUGAUGCCAAAACUCAAAAAAUUGUUUAACAACGCAGCAAUGGGUGAGGGAAUGAUUUGAUGAUGAAGGUUUGUUGAGAUUUGUGUAAGCUGAAUAAUGAACGUUGAAGAAGAAUUGAUAAGUCGUCCUUUGAAGUUUCUUUUAUAAAAGAAUGUAAAUGCAAAUGUAUAUGUAAACCGAGUACAAGUUUUUGAACAUAAUUUAUGGCUUUUAUGACGUUUUGGAAUUA